AUGAAAUCGUCCACUCUUUUGAGUUUUGUUUCCUGGCUGGGCUUGGCCAGUGCAUCGCCCUUCUUUGCCCGCAACGGGACAUACUCUAACUCUACUUGCACUUCACUCAAUCAGAGAAAAGCAUGGCAUACUCUCACAAAUGACGAGAGAUACAACUAUCUUCAGGCCGUAAAGUGUCUCAUGACAUCCCCUGCCAAGAGUGGUAUCACGGGUGCUCAGACACGAUGGGAUGAGCUACAAUCCUGCCACGUUGAGCAGUCGAAUUUUAUCCACGGUGUCGGUGCCUUCUUGCCUUGGCAUCGUCUUUACCUCCGUCUUCACGAGAUGCUUCUUCAGAACGAGUGCAAUUACAAGGGUGCUUUGCCGUAUUGGGAUGAGCAGCGGGAUUUGGAAGUCCUUGGAUCUAUCGAGAACGCAUCUGUGUGGGGUUCCGACGAAUACAGCUUCGGAACUAACGGCGUCAACACCAGCGCCGGGACCAACUGUGUUAUUGAUGGUCCAUUCGCCAAUACUACCCUCCGCAUGGAUCAGGUCUGGGGCGUCGAUUAUUAUGACGAGUACUGCCUAUCUCGGAAGUUGAACCAAACGGCCUGGGAGUUCGCCAAUCAAACGAACGUCGAUACGUGCUUCGCGAAAGACAACUACAAUGAAGCAAACUUCUGUUAUGUUGACUCGCCUCAUUCUUGUGGUCACUUGGCAACUGGAGGAACCAUGGAAAACCAAAAUGCCAGCCCUGGUGACCCAGUUUUUUUCCUGCACCACGCCAACCUUGAUCGACUUUGGCAAAAGUGGCAGGAGGCCAACCUGACUGCUCGUUUGACUGAUAUGAGUGGCGAAAUCAUCCCGCCCGAGUUCAUCAUGCAACAGAACAGAUGGCUUUACCCGUCCAAGGCGUACACCGAUUACGAUGGUAACCCUGGAAACGAAACUACCCUUAACCACGUUCUUUGGAUGGGUGGUAUUAUGCCUAACAAGACUAUUUCUGAGGUCAUGGAUUUGAAGGGAGAGGUCAUAUGCGCAGAGUACAUUGACGCAGAUUAUUAA